UGGGAUACCCACAGGAUAGCGUACGUUCGUUAGCGCGCACAACGUAUCCGAUCAGCAACAGCAGAAUGUCGAGGAUCGUGGUCUUCUUGCUCGUCGCGCUCGUCGCAGUAGUCGCGUUUCCGACCCAGGCACCGCAAUCUCAAGUAUUAUCAAGAAUAACCAGAGCAGCGGCGCCUACAGCCGGAGCUAAAGCAUUGGCCUAUAAAUACGGCUACGGUGGACACGGUGGACACGGCGGUGGACACGGCUUCGGCCACGGCUUUGGCCACGGAUUCGGUGGUUAUCACGGAGGUGGAUACAGGGGAUACGGACACAGAAGAUCCGGUGGAUAUCACGGUGGCGGUUUCGCCAACAGCGGAUCCAGCGCCGGCUCCAUAAGCACGCCAUUAGGCAGCGCUUCCUUCGCGAAAUCCUUCGCUAUCUCUGGCAGCCGAUAUGGACGAUGAGUUUGAUAGAGAAACGACUACCGUCACUGAAAACGGACUCGCGUGACGGUAAACCGACUGUGCUUAUACACUUAUUUUGUAAACACUUGUUUUCAUAUAAUAAAUUU